AUGGGAUCAUGUGCAAUGACAAAACAAAAACAAGUGGCUCCUACAAUGAACGAAAUUGAGUCUCAAUUCUCAGACAUAAUAGUCGAGAAAGUCGACAUAUCAACCUUACUCCCCUCCGUGAAUGAACAAAACCAUUAGAAAAUCGCUAUUUUUGCGCAAAAAAACCCACCCUCAGUGAGCGAACAAAAAAUUUUUUAUAGAAAAAAAAAUUGAUAUAUAAGUGAUAAUUUUUAUAAUGAAAUCUCUAAUUAAUUCUGUUUAAUUUUAAACAAAUUGUGUUUUUAAAAAAUAAAUUUUAUAAAUUAAAUUAACAUUUGCUUUCCAAUUUUUGCGAAUUAGGAUUUUUUUUUUAAAUUUCGAAAAAAAAAAUUUUCUAUAAAUUUUAUUAAUAAAUUUUUUUGUUAAAAAACAAUUAAACCCCCUGCGUGAGCAAACAAAAAUUUUUUUGUUCAUUCACGGGGGGAAAUUAGUAAAACCUGAAGAUUUAAAUUUACCAAAGCAUCGCAGCAUUUCUAUCAAUUUUUCUGACAAGUUAAACUAUCAGGAAACCCCUCUUAAAAUUAAACCUCGGCCAGAAAUUGUUCCGAGAUUAGACAUAAAAAAAUUAUUUCCUCAAAAUCAAUUAACUUCUGAAAAAGUUGACCUGAAAAAACAAGCUUGGCAUUCAGGUAAACAGAAAGGUGGAAGACUUCUAUUGAAUACAUCCAAAGACAUUUCCUUCACCUCUGUUGAAAAAUCACCUGUAAAAGUUGAAGAAAGCAAGCCAAAAAAUCUUCUUGAUAUGAUUAAAAACGGUAAAUCAGCUCUGAAUUCUAGAAUACAAACUCCAGAUGAAAACAAUAAUAAUCGUAUGGAUGCCUCACAAGCCAUUUUAGAAAGUAGCUGAGUCACUAGUUCUCCUGAGCUAAAUGAGAUGAAAAUAGAAGAAAAACCUUAUGGGAAAAACGCAUCGUCUGAAAGGAAACUUUUGUCGUUCCCAAGCUUGAAUUAUCAGCAAAGGAGCAGCCUUAAAAUACCUAUAAUUCCGAAUCAAGAUAUAGUAGUGACUGAGGAAAGUGAAAUCAUAUCAGAAGCCAGUGACGAAACACCUAUAAGGCCAGGGCUGCAGACGCCAGGGUCGUUUAUUUCUCUUGGAAUGGAGCCUGGAAAUCACAAAUUAAGGGCAACUCUUUCAAGAAUUUCGACGAUGAAGCCUGAAUUCGACCAAGUGCCUACAGAUUUUAAUUCAAAUGAGCCUAAGCAAGAUAACCUUGUGAUUGAGCGAACUAAACGAAACCUCCUUGCAUCUUUAUAA